GGCCCAAUAGAAACCCAAUCCUAAAUCACAUCGAAUCAUAGCUCUCAGUUUUUUUAACUCGAGCUGCGUCUCCGAUCUUGCGCUUCUCUUUUGAAACCCUCACUCUCUCUACAUAUAAUAGUAAACGUUGUCGUCGCCGGUGGUCGCUGCUUGUCGGCGAUCAUAGCUAUCUGUUUGACUUGAACUUCUUUCAUUACAAAAGUAAAAGCUAUGGCUAACGGUCCGGCUCCAUUUUCAGAUAUUGGCAGGCGUGCUAGAGAUCUCUUGACCAAAGACUACAAUUAUGAUCAAAAGUUCUCCCUCUCCGUUCCAAGCUCCAACGGAAUGGGACUUACUGCUACUGGAGUGAAAAGGGAUCAAAUAUUUGUUGGUGACAUAAGUACCCAGUACAGAAGUGGAAAAGCUACUGUGGAUGUUAAAGUUGAUACCUACUCUAAUGUUUCUACCAAGGUAACAUAUGAUUUGGUGCCAAGCACAAAAGCAGCAAUUAGCUUCAGUGUUCCUGAUCACAAAUCCAGCAAGCUGGAUGUGCAUUAUCUUCACCAUCAUGCAGUCAUCAAUUCCAGUAUUGGACUGUACCCUAGUCCUCUUCUGGAGGUUGCUGCUGCAGUUGGAUCCAAGGACAUAGCCAUUGGUGGUGAAAUCGGAUUUGACACCUCAUCCUCCUCUUUUACCAAAUGCAAUGCUGGAGUAAGCUUCAACAAGCCUGACUUUUCUGCAGCCCUUAUACUGACGGACAAGGGACAGACAGUGAAGGCUUCUUAUGUGCAUUUGGUCAACCCUUUUACGGGGACUGAGGUGGCUGCUGAGAUGACCCACAGGUUAUCAAGUUUUGAGAACAGCUUCAGUAUUGGGAGUGCCCACAAAAUCGAUCCCUUCACCUCGGUCAAAACAAGAUUUUCUGACAAUGGCAGAGUUGCUAUUUUGGGGCAGCGCGAAUGGAGGCCAAAAUCAUUUGCAACUUUUUCAAUGGAGUACGACACCAAGGCAGUCAACGUGGCCCCAAAGUUUGGUCUUUCCAUUGCUCUCAAGCCCUGAAAUUUGCUGACUUUUCGUGUGGGCUUUUUGAUUUUCAUGGAUUUUGUUAUGAACUUUGGUACGGAUGAUUCUUUUCACUGCCCAGGUGGUUUCGAACGUCUCCUUCCUUCAUGUGUGGGAGAUCGAGUCCUGGUUUUGACAGUUAAUAUGUUGACAAUGUUGGGAGAAUUUGUCUAGGAGAAAAAUGCGAAUUUGUUGUAUAUUUGGCGCCAACAAGGCAAUAAUUACAAGUUUUACGAUGAAUAAUUUUGUCUGCUUUUGGCUGCUAAUUUUAUCAGUUUUGAGUUCGGUCACUUAAACUUGCAUCUUCGUACACAAAUAUUAGUAUUUCACGAAUACUCAGAUACUUGUUACUAUUUACUACCUCGAAGCCACACAUAGCAAUUUCAACAAUG